AUGUCACCCAAUCAAGAUACAAAGCAGUUCAAGGUUCUCAUAGCUGGUGGCAGUCUUGUCGGUCUUGGUCUAGCGCUAGCCUUUGAACGUGCAGGGAUUGAUUACGAGCUUUUCGAGAAGGGAGAUUUUGCAACACAACUAGGGGCCUCAAUCGGAAUCCACCCUCACACUAUACGGAUUCUAGAGCAGCUUGGAGUAUGGAAAGAUAUUGAGAAACAGGUUGUACCUCUGAAGGUUCGAAACCACUACGACGGGGAGGGUCAUUGCUUUGAAGCGUCACAUGUCCUGGGCGACAUCAGUGAAAUACUCCAACGCCCUAUUGUCUUCAUAGAGCGAUGCAAAGCUUUAGAAGUGUUACAUAGCCAUGUAAAGGACAAAUCGAAGCUGCAUGCUCGAACAGCCGUCGUCGGAUACGAAGAGACCGCACAUGGUGUCACCGUCACUGCCGAAAACGGCGAGCAGUACCACGGCCAUAUGCUUAUCGGAGCGGACGGAAUCCACAGCAAUGUGAGGAAGCUGAUGGCUGAUAAGAUCAGCCUGACCGAUCAGCCUCUUGCUAAAGAAAUCAAUGAGGCAUUCACAAGCGAGUACAACUGCAUCUUUGCUGUUUCUAGGAACAAGCAUUUUCUCCCUGAUGCGACAGUUCAUAACGUAUACUACGAUGACUACUCAUCAGUUGCAGCUAGUGGUGUGCAUGGCCUUGUUUUCUGGUUUCUUUUCGUCAAGGCUUCCAAACUCACGAGAACCCCCAACUGCCCACGGUUCAACGAUCAAGACGCAGAGGAUACUAUCCAGAAAUAUGGCAGCUCUCAAGUCGGCCCUGGGUAUACCGUGAGGGAUCUCUGGGAUUCUCGUGUCAAAGGCACAAUGGUGCCCUUAGAAGAAGGUGUUGUCAAAAAGUGGAGUCACAACCGGGUGGUUUUGAUGGGUGAUUCAGUUCAUAAGUCUACAGUCAAUCCCGGAUUAGGUGGCAACCUAGCCUAUGAAGGUGUCGCCCGUCUGACCAACGGUCUCAUUCCAUUAUUGAAAAAGAACCCUAUGCCAUCCGUUGAGCAGUUGACCGAGGUUUUUGACCAGUAUGUUGCUGGUCAGAAGCCUCGAGCAGAAACGGUCGUUGGCGUUUCCGGUCAAAUUACACGCUACGAAGCCCAAGAUAGCUGGCUUCUCAAAUUCGCAGCCCGUCACAUUGUUCCAUGGGUUAGCGACGGACUCAAAGCCAAGCUUUACGCCAGUUUCUCGAGAGGUGGUCCUUGUUUGGAAUAUCUACCACUACCUGCGAUGGAUGUGCGUCCCAAAAAGCCUGCGAAGGCGCCCAGCAGUUCCAUAUCCCCAAAGCUGCUCACUUUCGUGGGAAUGAGUGGGACUGCGGCUAUCCUAUGGCACAUGAGUAGCAAGAAUGCUCUGCUUCCCACAUUCUCUACAUUCAUGAGAUAG